AAGUACUUCCAGCGAAUAAAGUAUUGCGAAAAGUAUAUGUGCACUUCUUUCUAAAAUAAUAAUUUUUUGUUAGAUUAUUCAAAACCAUUGAGGAAAAUACAGACCUGCAAAAUCUCGCUUUUGGGCAUGUUGUGUUUUGUCUGGACGUAAUUGGACUACGAAUGGGGUUUAAUAGAUGUUCUGCAGUCACAAAACGGCUUUUAAUGCCACGGCUUAUGCCAACUUCACGUUUCCCCGAUUGGCAUUUAUUAUUCUAACUUGAAUUUGAUUUAUGAAGCAAGUUUAAAAGUCGUAAGUCUGUACAUAAAUGGGCCUCUCUGCACGUGUACACCUCUUUUCCGACGCUAAUGUUAUUUAGGAAGGGAAUGAGGCAUGAAAACCAUCUUUUUUCUAUGACUAGAGCUGGGCUUUUUUUAUAUUUGGAUUAUAUCACCUUUAAAAUAUUUGUCGUAUUAUAUUUAUGUUAUAGGACUGGAAUAUGCACUUUAGAGCUUAAUUACAUAAAUGCAUGAAUUUCCACUUUGUUCCAUUGUAAGCCCUGCGAUUAAAUAAUGGAAGUAUUUUUUAAUUCGACGUACUGACGUUUUAUGUCACUUCCGUAUUAUGUCAACAUUUAGCGCGAUUUUAGUUGUCAGUAUAUAUAAUUAUUGUUUUGUGGUUGUCAUGUUGUCAACAUAUAUUUAUUUUGAUCGUUUUUAUGCUUGUAGUUUUUUAUUUGUAUUUUCUUGAUAUAUUCAAUUAAUAUAUUUGAUAAAGAAAAAUGCCGAUGGUACAUGAGCCUUUGAGGUAUGCUCACGAUGAGGGGCACACAGAUAUUUGUUUUACUGAAGAUGGAAGCAAAUUCAUAACAUGCGGGGCUGAUGGAGAUAUCAGAAUAUGGUCUUCGGACGAUAGCGAAGACCCUGUACAUAAUUGCGUAGGUGAACUUGCAUGGGCUGUAGGUCAGAAAGGCGAACAUGUGUUUGUAGCAACAGGAAGCAAUGACAUCCAGAUCAUCAAGAUUGUAGAUGGCGAGAGAGAUGGUGUAAUGGGUCGUUAUACUGCUCCAAUUAAUCACAUUGCAGUAGCAAAGAAUAGUUUCCUCAUUGCUCUAGCUGGCGAAGAUAUGGAAGUAAAGUUGGUAGAUGCUGGGAACACAUCAAGAGAUGUAACUGUUUUUGAUGGUCUUGAAGGUCCUUGUCUGAGUGUGGCAAUUUGUCCGAGAUCAAAAUUUCUAGCAGCAUCUUCAGGUGAUACCAAAAUGAGGGUCUGGAACAUAGAGACCAAGGCUAUUGUGAAGGAAAUAAGCUGUUCCCCUAAAGCAAAUAGCUUUGAAAAUGCUAAGACUUUGUGUCGAAUGGAUUUUGAGCCUUCUGAAGGGAAAAUGCUGGUAUACCCUAUUAAGAACACAUUAGUGGUAUUGAAUGUGGAAUCAUGGUCUGAGGUAACAACAUUGAUCUGUCAAGAAGUAGAUGCCUCAUACUCAAUAGUUAAAUAUUCGCCUUGUGGCAGAUAUAUUAUGGGUGCUACAGAUAAAGGAGACUUUGUCUUAUGGGACACUAUCACAGAAAAUUUAGUGAAUGUUAGUAAACAUGAAAAAAAUGUUGCUGUUUGUGGACUGGCUUGGAAUCCUAAAGGGAAUGGAGAAGUGAUAUAUACUGAUGUUGAAGGAGAGCUAGGCAAGAUAACAGGUGUAGUAGAGUCUAAUAAUACACAUGCACAUGACAAAGGCGAGCCUGUCGGGAGUAGGCUUGGAGAUAAUGUUGAAUUUGGUGAAAUGGAAAUGAUGGAGAAUUAUGAUGAUGAAGACAACGAGAAUUCUAUUUCAGUCGAAAAACUCAAGAGAGAUAUCAUGGGUAGUCUAGAACCUGAAUUAGAGACACUAGCUGAUAAUGCAUCGGUCCAUUCCAGAAGUCCUACGCCAAGGACACCAGAGACGCCUCUGCAAUCACCAUUCAUGUCUUCUUCAACUCCUGUUCAUUUAGAUGCAAGAUAUAUGUGCUGGAAUGACAUUGGAAUAAUUAGGUGCUACGGCAAUAAUGCAUACGAGGGCGAUACAAAAUCCAUAGAGGUCGAAUUCAUUGAUUCGACAUUCCACAGCAGUAUGAUGAUUAGAAAUUAUUUGGACUAUACGAUGGGUUCUAUAAGUAAAGGAGCUCUUGCUGUAGCAAAUUCUAGUCAGCUUUAUGUGAUACCUCUGGCAGCUGUUACAAAAGAAUGGAUUCUGAAAGUUGAAGAACCAGAGGAAAUUAUUUUAAUAGCCAGCUCCGAAAACUUGGUGUGCUUUGCUAUGAAUAACUAUAUAGUGCGCGUAUGUUCUAUUUAUGGCACACAGAGGGCGGUAGUAUCGGUACCUGGGACACCUGUCACAAUGACUGCAGCAAAGAAUUGCUUAUUAAUUGCUUAUCAUUCCGCACCGCCGAGAAAUGGCGACCAGUGUAUUAAUGUGAGGCAAUUCCGUUUUCAAGGGAUGUCCAUGGACUCCAAAGAUAUAAGUUGUGCAUUGGGCCCAGAAUCGACAAUGAGUUGGCUAGGAUUUUCUGACAAGGGCACGCCAGCCAUACUAGAUUCAUUGGGGAUGCUUUACAUGUAUCCUCUCGCUACUAAUACUUGGAUCCCCUUUUGUGACACUUCUAAACAUAUGAAAUCUCCAGGAGAUAAGUUCUUUGUCACAACAGUGUUUGAGACAUACCAAGCAGUUGGAGGUAUCAAAUGUAAAGGUUGUGCUUACCCUGGUUUGAUCCCGAAGCCUACACUAUGUGAGCUACCGCUAGAACCUGCUUUUGCGGAACCUUCAACGGAAAAAUCGCAAAUGGAAAUGAAUCUUUUCACAUGGUCUACUCUACAAGUAGAUGAUGUUGAUAAGAAGGCUAAGGAAACAGCGCUGAAAACUUUUGCCUUAGCAUGUAGGAACAAUUUAGAUGAAAGAGCAUUUGACUUGAUGGAGAUUUUAUCUAAUCCUCAAGUGAUAACACUAGGACUAAAGUAUGCUUCGAAGUUGGAAAAAAGGAAAUUGGUUGAAAAACUUAUGGAUCUUGCAACAAAAAUUGCAGAUGCUGGAGAAGGUUUGGGUGUUGCGCAUUUAGCGGCAACACCGGAUACCAAUACUAUCAAGCCUCCUAGGAAAUUGAUAUUGAGCUCUAGCAGAGGCACUCCAAAAAAUAGGGUUGAGAAGAAUUCUCUUAUCCCAGAGAUGCCCAGUAGUAUUUCUAAAUAUGUUGAUGUUUUGGAUGGGUCUGUGAAUGAGACAGAAAAUACUGAAAAUGACACGAAUGGAAGUCUGGUAAUUGAUUCUCAGGAUUCAAUAAAUUCAGAAGCUACGCUAAAAGAAAACAAAACAAAAUGUAGCUUUCUGAAGAGUUUGAAGAAAGCACAGAAUAAAAUUUCGAAUCCUUUAAGUCUAACUGAUAAAUAUGCAGGCGUAAAUUUGGAAAGCAAAGAUACACAUGAAACGUCUGGAAAUAGAGAGACCGGUGAAAAACGUAAGACAUCGGAAUCUGAAACAGAUAAUCAGAAAGAAAAACAAAGAAAACUGGAUAGUUUUAGAUUUAUGAAGCGUACUUAGAAUACAGUGGCUAUUUUACUAUUUUCAAUCAAGUAAAGCGAUUGUACAACUUAUAUUUUGUAUGUUAUGUAAGGAUUCCAUUUAUUUUAUAUUCUAGUUUUCCUUGGGUCACUGAAAAUUCCUUUUUCGAACAUGCUCUCCCAUUCUUUUCCAUUGGGAUAGACAUAAUUUUCUAGUGCUUCUUUCUUGAAUUCUGUGCUGUAACCGGGUUCCUGCAAGAAACAUAUGAUGUUAUACAAGGAACUAAGUAUGGAUUUAGCAUAUACAUAGGAAGAAAAAAAAUGUGGUCACAGAGAAACGUCUUACAGACACACACCUAAUGAACGCAGUUUUUUUUCAUAUUUUGUAUCUAAAUAAAUGGUGAACAAGCAAAGUAGGUUGAACGUUCUAGUCUAAGUAAGUCAUAUUAUAGUUAGAUCGAGAAUUUCUGCCAUACAGCUGAACGACCUUUGAAAUGGAAUGCUCUACUUUUUCUACAAUUUUUAUAUUGUGUUUAUACAUUACAUAUUUUUUUUUCUGAUUUGUCUGAUAUGAGAGGGUCUUUCCUUUCAGAGUUGUCAGCUGUACGUGCCAAAUUUUCAAACUAUGUAUGGAUGUCACUUACACCCUAUUAAUUUCAUAACCAUGGUACUCACCCUAGGAGCUAAAUAAUGAGCGUUUUCGACAAUACAUGGAUAUACGAAGUGCUCAUGUUGCUGGUCAAUAUAUUCGACAUAUUUGCCUUCAGAUGAACCUGAUAACGCCACAUAGUCCCACAUUUGCAAAUGUUGAACCAUCUCACAAAGACCUACCCCACCUGCGUGAGGGCAUACUUUCACUUAAAAAUAAAAUAUGGCGUUAGUCAUGACCGAAUUCUAAUUUCGCAUAGGAAGGUAGAUCUUUUUAUUUUGAAAACUAAAACUAAUAGCUUAGACAUAGCCCUAAUAAUGACUACCUACCGCAUUCGUUUAUAUCAUCAUUUAGACAUUAUUUCAUUUUUGAGAAUGUCUUUAAAAGAUAUUUGAAGAUACAAGUGGAUAAAGGUGCCAUGUAAAAAAAAUCAUUGUAUG